GCGACCGGAGCUUCCAAGAGCCGCGGGUACUAGCGAUUGGCGGCUUAGAAGAAGUUUCCUGUGCCGGGCUUUAUCUGCUGGCGUCGUCCUCUCGGGGUUCCCAGGAUGUUCUUUUACUUGAGCAAGAAAAUUGCCGUUCCCAAUAAUGUGAAGCUGAAAUGUAUAUCUUGGAACAAGGACCAAGGAUUCAUAGCAUGUGGUGGUGAAGACGGAUUACUGAAGGUUUUGAAAUUAGAGACACAGACAGAUGAUGCAAAAUUGAGGGGUCUUGCAGCCCCUAGUAACCUUUCUAUGAAUCAGACUCUUGAAGGUCAUAGUGGUUCUGUUCAAGUUGUAACAUGGAAUGAACAAUAUCAGAAGUUGACCACCAGUGAUCAAAAUGGUCUUAUCAUUGUUUGGAUGUUAUAUAAAGGCUCUUGGUAUGAGGAGAUGAUCAACAAUAGAAAUAAAUCAGUGGUUCGAAGCAUGAGCUGGAAUUCUGACGGACAGAAGAUCUGCAUUGUAUACGAGGAUGGGGCUGUGAUAGUUGGUUCAGUGGAUGGGAAUCGCAUUUGGGGAAAAGAUCUGAAGGGUACACAGUUAUGUCAUGUAGCAUGGUCCGCAGAUAGUAAAAUCUUACUUUUUGGAAUGGCAAAUGGAGAAAUACACAUUUAUGAUAAUCAAGGGAAUUUUAUAAUGAAAAUGAAACUGAAUUGUUUGGUGAAUGUCACUGGAGCGAUCAGUAUUGCUGGAAUUCACUGGUACCAUGGCACAGAAGGCUAUGUGGAGGCACAUUGCCCCUGCCUUGCGAUUUGCUUUGACAAUGGCAGAUGCCAAAUAAUGAGACAUGAGAAUGACCAAAAUCCGGUUUUAAUUGAUAGUGGCAUGUAUGUAGUAAGUAUCCAGUGGAACCACACGGGCAGCGUGUUAGCUGUGGCAGGCUCCCAGAAGGCCAUCACUCAGGACAAAGAUGUAAACACUGUGCAGUUUUACACUCCAUUUGGUGAGCAUCUGGGUACUUUGAAGAUUCCUGGAAAGCAGAUGUCUGCAGUAUCUUGGGAAGGAGGUGGACUGAAAAUUGCACUAGCUGUUGAUUCUUUUAUAUAUUUUGCAAAUAUUCGACCCGAUUAUAAGUGGGGUUAUUGCUCAAACACUGUAGUUUAUGCUUAUACCAGACCUGAUCGUCCAGAGUACUGUGUUAUAUUUUGGGAUACAAAAAACAACGAGAAAUAUGUUAAGUAUGUGAAGAGUCUCAUUUCUGUUACAACUUGUGGAGAUUUCUGCAUUUUGGCUACAAAAGCUGAUGAAAAUCAUCCUCAGGAGGAGAACGAGAUGGAAACAUUUGGUGCAACGUUUGUGCUAGUUCUUUGUAAUUCUAUUGGCACACCUCUGGAUCCCAAGUACAUUGAUCUUGUACCAUUGUUUGUUACAAUGACCAAAACCCAUGUGAUAGCAGCUUCAAAAGAAGCAUUUUAUACCUGGCAGUAUCGUGUGGCAAAGAAGCUCACAGCAUUGGAAAUUAAUCAGAUCACCCGGUCUCGAAAAGAAGGGAGAGAAAGAAUUUAUCAUGUUGAUGAUACUCCUUCUGGAUCGGUGGAUGGUGUGCUUGAUUAUAGUAAAGCCAUUCAAGGCACAAGGGAUCCAAUUUGUGCCAUAACUGCAUCUGAUAAGACAUUGAUUGUGAGUCGUGAAUCUGGCACCAUUCAGAGAUACAGUCUUCCUAAUGUUGGUUUGAUUCAAAAAUACUCCCUUAAUUGUCGAGCCUACCAGUUAUCCUUGAACUGCAACUCCAGUCGUCUUGCUAUCAUAGACAUCUCAGGAGUUCUGACCUUCUUUGACUUGGAUGCUCGGGUAACAGACAGCACAGGACAGCAAGUUAUUGGCGAGUUGUUAAAAUUGGAGCGAAAAGAUGUCUGGGAUAUGAAGUGGGCCAAAGAUAAUCCUGAUUUGUUUGCAAUGAUGGAGAAGACAAGAAUGUAUGUUUUCAGAAACUUGGAUCCUGAGGAACCCAUUCAGACUUCUGGAUAUAUUUGUAAUUUUGAGGAUUUAGAAAUUAAAUCUGUUCUUUUGGAUGAGAUAUUAAAGAAUCCAGAAUAUCCAAACAAGGAUUAUAUCAUUAACUUUGAGAUUCGGUCCCUGAGAGAUAGCCGAGCUCUGAUUGAGAAGGUUGGAAUUGAGGAUGCAUCUCAAUUCAUAGAGGAUAAUCCACACCCCCGACUUUGGCGCCUGCUGGCUGAAGCAGCUCUUCAGAAGCUGAAUUUGCACACCGCAGAGCAAGCGUUUGUGCGUUGCAAAGACUACCAAGGCAUUAAGUUUGUGAAGCGCCUGGGUAACCUGCAGAGCGAGUCCAUGAAGCAGGCGGAAGUGGCUGCCUACUUCGGCAGGUUCGAAGAGGCUGAAAGGAUGUAUCUCGAUAUGGACAGAAGAGAUCUGGCUAUUGGCCUCCGGCUGAAGUUGGGAGAUUGGUUUCGAGUACUCCAACUCCUGAAAACUGGAUCUGGUGAUGCGGAUGACAGUGUCCUUGAACAAGCCCACGAUGCCAUCGGAGACUACUUUGCUGAUCGACAAAAGUGGUUGAAUGCUGUACAAUAUUAUGUACAAGGCCGGAACCAGGAACGCUUAGCUGAGUGUUAUUAUAUGUUAGAGGAUUAUGAGGGAUUGGAGAAUCUUGCCAAUUCACUUCCAGAAAACCACAAGUUGCUUCCAGAAAUAGCACAAAUGUUUGUGAGAGCUGGAAUGUGUGAACAAGCAGUGACUGCGUUUCUGAAAUGUAAUCAACCAAAGGCAGCAGUGGAUACCUGUGUACAUCUCAACCGAUGGAACAAAGCUGUUGAAUUGGCUAAAAGUCAUAAUAUGAAAGAAAUUGGUUCCCUGUUAGCGAGGUAUGCAUCUCAUUUAUUGGAAAAGAAUAAAAUUCUUGAUGCCAUAGAACUCUAUCGGAAAGCCAGUUACUUUUAUGAUGCUGCUAAGCUGAUGUUUAAGAUUGCAGAUGAAGAGGCAAAGAAAAGAACUAAACCUUUACGUGUUAAGAAGCUCUAUGUACUAUCAGCUUUACUUAUAGAGCAGUACCAUGAACAAAUGAAAAAUGCCCAACGAGGAAAAGUUAAAGGAAAGAGCUCAGAGGUCACUUCUGCUUUGGCUGGUUUGCUGGAAGAAGAAGUGCUGUCUACAACUAGUCGUUUCACAGAUAAUGCUUGGAGAGGGGCUGAGGCUUACCACUUCUUCCUACUGGCGCAGAGGCAGCUCUACGAGGGCUGUGUUGACAGUGCAUUGAAGACAGCACUUUCAGAUGGGCCAUGACAGCACUGCCGGCACUGUCACCACCCACCCUGGGUCACAUUGGUUGGGCCACUGUGAAAUAGCCAUCACCAGCACACGUCAUACCCCAGUACAUCAUCAAUCUAUAGUAUAAUGGCAUCAUCUUUAAAAGAAACCUUUUUAGAGAAAUUCUUUUAUUUGAAUGUUUCUGGAAUUCUAUAGUGAUGACUUUUCUUUUUCUUUAUUCAUUAUUUUUUGUAAGAGCUCUUUAGAAAUUAUAUAUAGUAACCCUCUGUCAUAUCUGUUGAUUUUCCCUGGCAUUUAUAAGUUACAGUUACUUAACCUCUCUAAGCUUCAGUUUCUUUUUGUGAAAAGUGGGGAUAAUAGGAUCUUCUUCAUAGGUUUGUUUUGAGGAUUAAGCGAGCAAGUUAUGAAAAGAAAAUCUACUUAUUAUAGUGCCUGGAUACUGUGAGCCCUCGAGAAGUGGUAGUCAUGAUGAUGAUAUUGACAGUGGCUUUUUACAAAGUCCUAUCAAUCAGUCUUGAUAGGGGUCAUGCUCAGGAAGUCCAUCACUUCAAGGUUAUUAAAUAUUGUAUUUUAUUUUAACUUCUUAUUUAUUACAAAACCAUUUAUUAAAAACGUAUUCACCCCUCACGGAUUUGAAAUUCUACCUUUAUGAAACUAAGUUCACACAUUUUGUUAAUCUCUUCCUAGGCUGUUAUUUUCUAGACAUGGAUCUCUGUGUCUGUACUUUCUCUUAUUUACCUUACUUUUACAUUUUAAUAUCUGGA